AUGCAGCGGCAGCGUGAAAGAGAGGCAGCCAAGGCGUAUUGGUCGAAGACGCUUAAGGCAAUCAAUACCGAUGUCGAAAUUGACCUGCGUUCGGUGCAGUCGAUGACGAAGGGGACGGGACUCAAACCUGGCGACUUUGUCGAGAUCAGAAGAGCCUUCAAGCAUGCACACGCCAUCAUUCUAGACGUGCCAGCUGAACGCGAUGCAAAAAAGCAGACCUCGGAAACGGGAGCGGACGCCUUCAGAACAAUCUACGCUUUGCUCAGUUCUGGUAUCGUGGACGUGUUCCGCGAGACGGACAUUGUCGUGCAUUACCCUGCUCUAGCCGAUUCGAACCUUGCCAAGAAGGCCACUCCUGCCUUUCGCCACCACGUUGGAGACCCAAAAGUCCCUGCGGCACCUCCUCCCGGCUCCGAGGAGCCCGAAAACUAUGGGGACAACGUUAUCAGUGGAAUUGAUACAACAGGCGCAUCUGUCUCCUCGGCACCAGUCCGCACGCUGGAAGAGCCAGUGGACGAGGAACGCUUCCAAGCGCGGGCAAAGUUGUGUACCACCAUGCGCAUCUUGAUGAUGAAGACGCAGGAAGAGCUUCAGCGCCUCACUCCUGCCUUCACGGAACAUUUCAUUGACGCUGUCGCAGAAGCGUCAGAGGAAGACGAGAAAAAGGAAGAAGCCACGCCUACAAUCACUACUCUGGAAGCCACUCAGACCUUGCUCAGGCGUGCACAGAAAGGCGACAACGACGCUAUUACACGGUCGCAAUACCUUGCAACCCAUCUGCUGCUCAUGUCACAUCCUGAUCGCUUUGUCGCCAGCAGUUCAGCGCAUCGGCAGGCCCAGCUAUUCAAGCUCAGACCGCAGUCGGAGACACGCCUGAUCAACAACGUCAAGGCUUGGCUGCAAGCUCCCGAAGGCACCUUUGGAUACACCGUAGUAACGCAAUUUGUGCGCUCGACAAGUCGCUUGCUUAGCUGGAAGGCGGAGAUGUUGCGCUCGGUCCUCCAUCAUGAAUCCUCAGACGCAAACGGCCCGCCACGCAAACUUUUCCUGCCCAGCGAAGUCGCGCACACAUGGUCUCCUGAAGAGCAGGACAUAAUUCAGUUUCUCAAGCUGAGCCUUGGCUCGCGUCGUCUGCUACAGGAAGACGUAUAUGCUUCAGGAGCCAUGGAGAUCCUCAAGCUCGCCAAUGCGCAAACAUCGCUCACACCAGCAACUUUCGUGGCGUCUGGAUUAGCACCAUCUCACGCCGGGGGAUUGCACUCUAUGCCUGGGUUGUCGCCAUUUAUCGAGAUCGCUGGCGAUGACUUGCACCACGGGCUCGUCGUUCGCUUCCUCCAGGACAUUGGCAUACUUGCACCAUGGCAGAAUCCCAUUGCACUCGACGCGGACCUCCGGUCGCUUGUCGGCGAUGACCCGGGAGAAGUCAACAAUGAUGAGCCGUCACGAGAACACAAGCCACAUGAAAGCCUGCGGGGUCCCCAGACAGAUGAUGAGCGCGGUCGAGUCGAGAUCAACCUGCCCGCGUACGUCAUAGACGAUGAAGGCGCUCACGAGCUUGACGACGGCGUUUCCAUCGAGCCUGUUUCGGGCACCACAGACCAAGUUUGGGUACAUGUGCACGUCGCCGAUCCCACAGCAUUUCUUCAACCCAAUAGCGAGCUUGCGAAGCUCGCCGCAAAGCGCCAAAGCAGCAUCUACUUUCCAGAGGUACGGUGGCCGCUUUUACCCAGCUCUUUUGUCAACAGUGGCAUCGGACUGGGCACGGUGACCACCAGGGGUCGCCGUGAUGACGACAACACCGAGGGACAACGCGCCAUGACCUUCUCUGCCAAGGUCGGCCUGGAUGGAACGGUUCACGAUUACCGAGUGCAACUCACGUGGCUUAACAGAGUCAAGGUCAUGACGUACAAAGCGGUUGACGAGAUUCUUUCGAGUGAAAAUCGGAGCAUCAAAUUGGCAGACACCAAGGACGAUUUGGACUUGCUGCGCAGAGUGGCUCGCGCGUUGUCCAAAAGACGCAUCUCUAACAAUGCCAUAUCGACCGGGGUGCUGGCCAUACAAGGCGUGCGUGUCUCACAUUCAGAGCUUCUGCAAGCGUCAACGUCACUGCAAACCUCGCACCUGUACACGGGCUUUCCACAGAUACAGCUCGCUUGGGACAGUGGCGAGCAAACCACAUCAGCGCAAGCAGAUUAUUUCCCUGCGCGCGAGAUCGUGGCGGAGAUGAUGGUGCUCGCCGGGCGAGUCGCCGGGCAGUACGGUGCCGAGCAUGGCAUUCCGCUGCCGUACCGCGCUCAAAGCAUGCCGGAGGACCCUACCGCCAUGCGACGCCUGCGUUCUCUCCCACGAAUGCCUGAUGGCAGCAUUUCGUACGACGCUUUUUCCGCGUCUGGUAUCACCUUGCCGGCCGCUCACUCCAUCGAUGAACCCGCGAUGCAUUUCAGCAUGGGCAUCUGUGGGCCUGAGCACGACGGAGGAGCAGGAGUUGAGCGCGACGCCCUGUCCAAAGGCGGGUACGUGCGCGCUACGAGCCCACUGCGUCGCUACCCAGAUAUGGUGGCGCACUGGCAGAUCCGGCAUUCACUUUUAUCCGGCACGACAUCCCAGCUGCCGUGGAACCGCGAGGCUCUGCAGCGCCAGCUUCCGUCCUUCGACCGCAUGGCGGCGUUGACGAACAACCUAUCGCGCACCGCGACAGGCUUCUGGAUCUUCAAGCGGAUCGAGCAGAUCAUCACGCGCGGGUAUGUCGACGAGUCGCCCGGCGUAUCAGAGGACGACAAGGCGCUGCAGCAACUCGUGCUGGGAGAAAUGGAUGCAGUCGUUGUGAUCUCGGACGUCAGGAUCAAUCCUGCCACGCUCAAGGCCAUGGUCCGUAUCCGCCUCGAGGGUCUCAACGUCAGAGCAGAGUGCGAGUGGCCGUUCCGUCAACCUCCUGCUGGGUCCACAGACAGCCUGAAUGCGGGCGUCACCAUGCUGAGGACCGCUCCUUUCAGCGGCGACAGAGUGCGUGUCAAGAUCGUUGGUGUCUUGGAGGCGGGUUUGAGGGUCGGCUUGCUUUGUCGUCUCGUCGAAUAA